AAAAAAGGAAAACAGGAGAGAAAAAGCUUGCUACCCACACCUAUUUCUCUCUCUUCUCUAAGGGUAGAGAGACUCCAAAAUACAUCAACUUAAUUUUUGGGUUUCUUCUGCAAUAAUGUCUCGGCUUCUCUCCAAGCUCUCUCCUCUCCUUAACUUGGCAGAUUCACAAAAGCAGUAGGAACAUUCGUUCGUUUUCAUCCUCAACGACCGGCCCAUGUGUUUCUAUUUGUACCGUUGUGGAACCCUCUCCGGACGGCAACCUCGGACAAGUCCUGUUGUUCAACAUACCAGAUAUGAAGUUAGUCACAGCGGACAAAAUAUAUCCCGACGAGCUUUAUGACGCCCAGUUGGUGGGAGCUUCCCAUGGAUGGGGACUUUUCUCCGAUAGAACAAAUCGGUCGGCACUUAUCAGCGACUAUUUGAACCCCUAUGCUUCCAAGUCAAAACCAAAGAUGAUUCAUCUACCUUUUUUUACUCCAAUGUACUCUGGCCAAACCGAAGUCGUGUGCAACGUGGCAAUGUCCUCUCCUCCUCCUGAUCAAGACGACGACCAUGAAGAUUGGGUAGUUGGCAUCAAGUUCUUGGGUAGACAGCUUAGCCUCUGCAGGCCUCGUCAUGACCUUCGUUGGACUAACAUCCUAACCCCUUUUGAGUCGUGGGAAGUCUCAGAACUCAUGUAUUCUAAAAAAGACCAACGGUUCUAUUUGCUUGCUCCUGGAGGCAACUACUUAUGCUCCUGGGAUCUCAACUUCAAGGAAGACAAGAAGCCUAAGUUCCAUGAGUUGGUCUUGCACAACCUUCCCAACAUGCCACGUUCCCUCUGGAAGCAGUUAGAUUCCUACGGCAGAGAGGAUCAUUGGGUGGAGUCACCUUCCGGCGAAAGUUUCCUUGUCAAAUGGUUUUGUGAAUACUCGCCUGAAAACACCAGUAACUGGUGCAAGUCACCGAUUGUAAUGGUGUUCAGAGAGGAAGAGACGAAAGAUGGAAGGAAAAACAUGCGUUACACAGAUGACAUUGGAGAUCUAUGCAUUUUCAUUUCGAAGGGAGAGGAUUUCUGCGUCAAGGCUAGCUCUUGCCCUGGACUCCAACCUAACUCCAUCUCUUUACAUGGCCGUUUGUUUGCGAUUCUUAAUCUCACGAAAAGAACCAUGGGUUGCUACGAAUAUCCCCAAGGCAUACCAAAAAGGAUUCCCUAUUUACCCUACUGGCUUCCUCCGUUUUCUCCUUAGCGCUCUAGUUGCUUCAUUAGUCCUUAUUGUGUGGUUUGUUCUUUUAGGUUUGGAUUACUAAGAUCAUAUAAUUAUAUUUUUCUAAUCUGAGAAAAUUGAAGACUUCAUUUGGUAUUUGGCUGGUGUCACAUGGAGUAUAAAUCUGAUGUAACUUGUGUCUUACAAUAUUUCAGAAUCCUAUUUUAGGUUGUGUUUCCUUUAUUUAUGUCCAUGAAUAUGAUUAGAGAGAUGGUUUGGUGGCUAAAAUAAAUGUUUCAUGUAAAAAACAAAUGAAGUGAAUUGUGUAUGUAAAAUAUAUUUAUAGAAGAA